AUGGGAGAAGCGAGGGCUGUGGGGACCUGGUGGAGAGGAACAGGGAGGCGACUGUGCAGAGUCCUGGCCUUCUCGGUGUUUCUGCACAUCCCGGCUCCCAUCAGCAGAGCCCGAUCCAGCCUCAUCACCACGCGGACUGUGUGCGUACCCUCGACCCACCGAACCCAUCUUAGUAACAGGCCUGGUCUCCUCGGACGAAACCAUACACGACUGCAGACUGGCGAGCGCACAAAGAGCUUCAGCGCCGCCUGGGGCUCGCUGUUUGUUCUCGACUUGCAGCCGCUGCGAACAGCAGGAGCCACGGGCCAGAUGGCUGGAGGGAGGAGACAUGGACACCACGGUGCCUGCCCCACACCCAUUGAAAGGGAUCCUCACUUCACUCGCCAGGACCCUACUGUCAACCGUUUUUACUGUACUCUCUCUCUUGGGAACAGAAGAUCCUACCUGCUUGACAACUCUUCCAAUUCCACCCUGCAAGAGUCCCUGGCUGCCCCCAUGGGACUGGAGGAUAGUGCCCCUAGUGUUCAGCAGAGAAAUCAGCAGCCUGGGGUUGACCUCCAGAGCCUAGAAGGGGAGGAAAUCGCGCCAACAGAUGUUAAAUACCGCCUUCAGCUGCUCGAGGAGGUUCCACUGCAGAGAAAGAGCUCGAAUGGACACAGCCAGCACCAGUCAGAAUGGAAUCCGUUCAGCAAAUCCCACAGAGAAUGGCUCAAGCCCUGGAAGAUGGAGGACGUGCCACACCACAGGGGCGAGCCCUUCCAUGCAAGUCACAUUCAGGGCAGAAGAACAGCACCAAGAGGAUAUCAGAGCCACAAGGGGUAUGUCAGCCAGGACCAGAAUAACAUCCAAGUUCCAAUGUGGAGUCAAGUCCUCUCACUUUGUCUAGACAAGAGCAGUCAGGGGAAUCUGCCUGCAGUCCCUAGCUGCCUGCUAGGCAGUGUUUCCCAAUCCGCACAACAUGUGUCAAGGGAAAUGGCACCCGGCUGGCCCACGACCCACGCACAUAAGGAUCUAAGCCAGACAAAGCCAGGGAUAGCGAGUAUGGGGACAAAGAGCACUGCCAAGUUUGAUGAAGCCACAACAUCCAGGGUGUCCUGUCUGCCACCUCUCAAGCUCCUGUCAAGAAGAGUCAAGAGCAAGUGGCCCCCACACACACCUGGAAUCUUCCAAGGCAAAUUCCAAGCUGAACUGACUGGCAAGCACUUCUUCCAGGACUGGAGGGCUCAGCCCCAAGGGCACUAUGGAAACAACGAAAAACCCCUGGUGGCAUUUGAGGAUCAAGACCACACCAGGCUCACCUACAUGCCCUUGUAUACUGGAAGAGUGAAGUUGAUAAGAACAAGAGCAAUAGCAUCAAACACAAGACCAACACUUUCUCAACUGAGCAGGAGAAAUCGAUCAGGUCAGCGCCAGAAUUUUGGCCUCAAAAAAAGAACAUCUGGAGAAAGAGACUGCCUGAAUAACUUCUGA